AUGCACCCAGUUACUAAAAAUUUUGCUACAAUUCUGCGUCCUUGGAUGCCUUCUGACAAAGAAGCCGUUUGGCAAGUCUUGAAAGAUGGAAGCUAUAGUAAUGUAAAUGCAGCAUUCAAAAUUUGCUUACAGAAGUCACUUGCAAAGGUGCUUGGAGCUGUUUUGGUUGCCAUAGGAAUUGGAAAUGGACAUCCUCCCUUAAUUAUAGCACUGUACUUGAUCAUUUUUAUAGGGCUUAUUUAUUGCAUUUGUUUGUUGGGCACAGUCAUAUAUUUAUAUGGACCCAAUUUCAAAGAUAUUGAAGACAUAUCUCAUACAUAUUUCAACAAUCAAAACCAUCAUUUCUGGGUUGCUGAAUGUCAAGGAGAAAUAGUUGGCACAAUAGCUAUCGUCAGAAAAAUUUCUAGCCUUCCAGGAUCACCAGAUAACAACUCCACAGAAGACAUUGAACAAAUUUCAAAAGUUGCUUGGCUGCGCAGAAUGGCUGUUAAAAGAUCACAUCGUGGUAAAGGCAUUGCAAAACUCUUAGUCUUAGAAACAAUUAAGUUUUGCCAAGAAAAAAACUACAGUAGUAUAUUUCUUAUAACAACAGAAGUUCACCAUGCUGCAAGAGAACUUUAUAAUCGUAUGGGAUUUCAGCUAGUUGCCUGUAGGCCUUAUAAAUAUUUUCAUGGAUUAGUAACUGUUCAAACAUUUGAAUAUGUCUUAAACUUAUGA